AUGAUGAAUGGAGGUGAUAUCAAGAAAGCUGUGAUCAAUAAAGGAAAACAAAUGGCAAGCGUUGCCUCGGCAGCCGCCAAUGGCAAUGGUAGUAAGAAGAGGAGAAAGGGCACCGAUUUGAAACCGAUUGUCACAAACGAAAACAUGGCGGUGGAAUCGAAUUCAGGGAGUACUUCCAGCCAAGGUGUGCCGGCCGCAUCCUCGCUCCCUCACCAGAAAGCUGCAUACGGAAUUCCUCUGUCGCGGUCCGACUCGUCGUCAUCCGGAGAAGAGCAAGAAACCACGGCAGACGAAGAGGAUUCUGAGGAUUACUGCAAAGGCGGUUACCACCCGGUGCAUGUCGGCGAGACAUACAACAACGGCCGGUACGUUGUCGUUCGCAAGCUGGGAUGGGGCCAUUUUUCGACUGUCUGGUUGUCGCGCGACACGACAAAUGGCAAACACGUCGCAUUAAAAGUCGUGCGAUCUGCUGCACACUACACCGAGACCGCGAUUGAUGAAAUCAAAUUGCUCAAUAAAAUCGUCCAGGCAAACCCGAGUCACCCAGGUCGGAAACACGUCGUGAGUCUGUUGGACUCAUUCGAGCACAAGGGUCCUAAUGGUGUGCAUGUGUGCAUGGUUUUUGAGGUACUUGGCGAGAACUUGCUCGGGUUGAUUAAACGAUGGAAUCACCGUGGCAUCCCGAUGCCGUUGGUUAGACAGAUUACGAAACAGGUGUUGCUCGGAUUGGAUUAUUUGCAUCGGGAAUGCGGCAUAAUCCACACGGAUUUGAAGCCGGAGAACGUUUUGAUCGAGAUCGGCGACGUGGAACAGAUUGUCAAGACGUAUGUGAAGGAGGAACAAAAGACAGAAAAGGAUGAUAAUCGCAAUGGUCGCCGAAGGAGAAGGACGCUCAUUACCGGGAGUCAACCACUCCCGAGUCCUUUGCACACCAGUUUCAGUCAUAUGGAUCCGUUCAAGAUGAGCAGCUCACAUAGUAGUCUAAGCCAGGUGAUGAACGAUUCUGAUACAUCGAAACUUGGAUUGUCGAUGAAAGAUGCACUGGGUAUCAAGGAAAACAUUCCCACAAUUCCCGAAGAUGAAAAGCAAAAUCAGCGUGAAAAGACAGCUGAUCUACUGGAACGAGAGGUAUCCGGUAUCUCCCUAGACAAAAGCACAUCCGAGUCGUCUAGCCAAGAAAAGGAGGGCGAAAACGACAUCAUUUCCGUCAAAAUUGCAGACCUGGGUAACGCCUGCUGGGUUGGACACCAUUUCACAAACGAUAUUCAGACUCGUCAAUACCGGUCACCAGAGGUGAUUCUUGGGGCAAAAUGGGGCGCCAGCACAGACGUCUUCGAACUCAUCACAGGCGACUACCUCUUCGACCCCCAAUCUGGCACCAAAUACGGCAAAGACGACGACCACAUCGCCCAAAUAAUCGAACUGUUAGGCAACUUCCCCCGCUCUCUCUGCAUGACCGGCCGCUGGUCCCAGGAAAUUUUCAACCGCCGCGGCGAACUCCGCAACAUCCAUCGCCUCCGUCACUGGGCUCUGCCCGACGUCCUCCGCGAAAAAUACCACUUCACAUCCGAAGAAGCCAUACAAAUAAGCGAAUUCCUAUUACCCAUGCUCGAACUACUGCCAGAGGAUAGAGCGAACGCAGGCGGAAUGUCUAGUCAUGAUUUCUUGAAAACGACUCUGGGUAUGAGCGAUGUUCAAGACUUGGGCAUUGAACCGGGGACGAAAGGCGAAGGUAUUGAGGGGUGGGCUUCGGAGGUGAAACGGCGAUAG